AGAGGAGGAUCGGGAGGUGGUGGAGGAGGGUGGAGAGGAGGUGGUGGCGGAGUAGGAGGAGGAUCAGGAAACAAUACGUUCAGCAGCCAGAGAGUCCUUUGUCAGGCUACUCUAGAUAUAUCGUGUCGGUACAAAGGAUGGUCUCUCUACUUCACAGAGGGCUUCAUAGAGAGCUCUCCUAGUGUGGAGAAGAUCAAAGUGUUUGAGAAAUAUUUCGCUUCUAAGAUUGAUCUGUAUGACAAGGAUGAAAUUGAGCGUCAGGGCAGUGUCCUUGUAGAUUAUGCAGACUUGACUGGAGACAAAACCGUACGUGAAGCUCUUCCUGAUCUGACCACAGAGCUGAAGGAGCAACCAGAGGUGAUGCUCAACUGUUUGGGAGUGGCUAUUCACCAGGUGUUGACUAUUGAUUUGGAGAAACAAGCUGCUGAGCUGCAAGAGGAAGAGCUUCCUGUCGCUACACCAAUCAUCAACAUCCCCCACAUUAUCGCGAGGCUGUAUAACUAUGAACCGCUGACUGCGUUGCGGACGUUACGAGCCAAUGUGUUUGGACGGCUGGUGUGUGUAAGAGGAACAGUGGUCAGGGUGAGCAAUAUCAGGCCUCUGUGCACCAGGAUGGCCUUCAGGUGCCUUGGCUGCAUGCACACACAGUCACUGCCUCUGCAGCACGGGAAAUAUGCUACACCUACCAAGUGUAUCCAGCCAGACUGCCGCAGUCGUACCUUCACCCCCAGCAGGAGUUCCCCUUUCACUCAUACUGUAGAUUGGCAGAUCAUUAAGGUGCAGGAGUUGAUGGGCGGAGAGCAGAGGGAGACGGGACGGAUCCCGCGCACCGUGGAGUGUCAACUGACAUCCGACCUCUGUGACAGCUGCGUCCCUGGGGACACAGUCACUGUGACCGGGAUAGUUAGAGUUACCAGCGAUGGUAGCUCCCGGGGGAAUAAGGAUCAGUGCAUGUUCCUCCUCUACCUUGAAGCUAUUUCAGUCAGCAAUACUAAAGGUCAGCAGUCCAAGUCAGCUCAGGGGUCACUUGAAAAUCGUUCUGGGGGAGAGGAGUUCAGUCUGAAGGAGUUGUAUGCCAUCCAGGAGAUCCAGUCACAGCCUGAGCUUCUGAGACUUAUAGUACAGUCUUUGUGUCCUGUCAUCUACGGCCACCUGCUGGUGAAAGCUGCUCUAGCCUUGGUGUUGUUUGGAGGCCGACAGAAACACACUGGCAAGAACAGCGUCCCGGUUAGAGGAGACCCGCACAUCCUGAUGGUCGGAGACCCCGGACUGGGGAAGAGUCAGAUGUUGCAGGCAGUGUGUAAUGUGGCUCCCAGAGGAAUCUAUGUAUGUGGCAACAGUACAAGCACCACAGGACUAACCGUGAGUUUAUCUCGAGACGCUGGAACGGGGGAUUUUGCUCUAGAGGCCGGCGCCUUGGUGCUGGCUGACCAAGGCCUGUGUUGCAUUGAUGAGUUUGAUAAGUUGGGCAACCAGCAGCAGGCUCUGCUAGAAGCCAUGGAGCAGCAGUCUGUGAGUCUGGCUAAGGCUGGAAUAGUUUCCUCUCUGCCUGCCAGGACGUCAGUCGUAGCUGCCGCGAACCCCAUUGGAGGACAUUACAACAGAGGCAAGACUGUUUCUGAAAAUCUGAAAAUGGGUUCGGCACUUCUCUCUCGAUUCGACGUGGUCUUCCUUCUGCUGGACAUCCCAGAUGAGUCACAUGACCGCCACCUGUCAGAACACGUCAUGGCAAACAGGGCAGGAAAAGGCACAACCAGCAGCGCCAUAGUUACCAGGGCUAACAGUGAUUUAGAGACCUCCAUCCUGCUAGAACACUCAGACAUGCCACUGUCUGAACGUUUGCAGAUCCCUGCAGGUGAAACUGUAGACCCCAUUCCAGUAUGCUUGUUAAGGAAGUAUAUCAGCUAUGCGCGCCAGUAUGUCCAUCCCUCGAUCUCGCCUGAAGCAGCAAAGAUACUUCAGGACUUCUACCUGUCACUGAGAUCUCAAUCACACUCAGCUGAUUCCACACCCAUCACAACACGACAACUCGAGUCUUUAAUUAGACUAACUGAGGCAAGAGCCAGGCUGGAGCUCAGAGAGACGGCUACCUGCAGUGAUGCUGAAGAUGUGGUGGAAAUCAUGAAACACAGUCUGGCUGAUACAUAUUCAGAUGGGCUGGGCAAUCUGGACUUUGAGCGCUCGCAGCUUGGAACAGGCAUGAGUCAGCGUAGUGUUGCAAAAAGACUGGUCAACGCACUGCACAUGCAUGCUCAGAGGACCAAUCAGAAGCAGUUUGACCUACAGAUGCUUCGUUCUAUCGCCAGCAAACUGAACAUAAAGGUGAUGGAUUUUGAAGGUCUGGUGAGUUCCCUCAAUGAACAGGGUUUCCUGCUGAAGAAAGGAGCUAAGCUGUACCAGCUGCAGACGGUCUGAUCACUGACAACUGCAACAGACCGAGAGCUGGGGACCUGCUUCAUACUGUGGACCUCGUUAAAGGGUCAGUGUUCGGGAUGACUGAACUGGGUCUCUUUUAUGGAAGAGGAAAGAAACUUGAUGGGGAGCUCAUUAUCUAGACCACUUUCACCAAACCUCCACCCCACGGACUGCUGUGUAACCUUUUGAAGAG